UUGAGAUGGAAGAACUAUCCGAGACCAAAUAUCAAAAGAGGAGGCAUGUGCCACCUCAAGAACAAGACCUAAUCAUCCGCAUGCAUAAGCUCAUCGGAAACCGGUAUUUCCUCGUUCCACCGUUGAUCCUACGUCUCAUCACUUUCCCAAAUACCAGAUGGUCGCAGAUUGCGGGUCGCCUUCCAGGUCGGACUGACAAUGAAGUCGAGAACUACUGCAAUACACAUUUGAUCAAGAAAUCCAAUCCCAAGAAACAGAAUGCAACUGAAUCAGUGGAAGCCACUCCUUCGUUCAUCGACAAGCCAGUUAUCUAUACAGAAGUGAGAAGAAGCCAUGGAGAAGAGGGCACUACCACUACCUGCAUUGAGGAGACGAACUGCUUUGGCAAUGACGUCCCAAUAGGAUCUCCCGCGCCUCUCAUUUCUCAUUACCCAGACAGUCAGACACUCUUGUGUUUGACCCAUGUUUUGCCUUCACCGAUUUCUUUCCCCUUCUUUGGAACUCUCCUAAAUUCAUCUAAGAGGGAUAAUUUCUCGCAUAGACUUUGAGGUUCAUAUUAACUUUGAGGGACUACGUCUA